AUGGCGCAUGUGAGCAAAGGUGAUCAUGCUGGCGACCUCGGGAACGCCCUCCGCUACUUUUCCUGGGCGCUGCGGCGAGUCUCCAAGCUCAGGGAAGCUCAUGAUAGUGACGAGAUUGCCAGCCUGAUGGCAGACGUGGCACAGGUAUACGGAUGGGUGCGCGUUCUUGCGGCCACCCAUACUGUGGCAGCAUCCGAGACAAGGACCAAGUUUGUAGACAAGGUGCAAGACCUCUACAACCUGGGUUACUGCGCCGAGGAGAUCUAUGGAGACAGCCCGCUGGGGGAUAGUAUGCACACCGGAGACAACCUCGUGCGUCGGGCGACUAAGCUGGCUGAGGUGUGGCGUUCCUUCGAACGCAUCGCGAGGGAGCUUCACACGGCCUGCAAUGCACUGGCUGACUUCGACCGCCCCGCUCACGACGCGUUCGUGGACAUCGCUUUUCUGCCUCUCCACUAUGGCCAGCCGUUCCCGGCUUUCGUGACGGCUCUAGCAGACGAGGCUGCCCGGGGUCUCGAGAUCCGCUUCUGCUUCGGAGAGGCAAGCCUCACCCUGCUCCCUUUUGGCAAGCCAGAGCAGGCGUCGGAGGAGGGGCACACGCUGAUCAAGGGCGGUGUUCUUGCCGAGCUGACCGCCGAAGGCUUCCCGGAUUUCGAGGGAAAGGCCACGAUGGCAAUUAUGUACAAGGGGCGGGAGCUCUUCCCGGUCGAGACGACGGAGGUUCGCAUCCAGACAACACCCAAGGCCACGUACGUGCAUGGGGCAAUCGAUAGCGACAUUCACGUGCCAGUCGUCAAUGUCGUGUAUAAGGAGGGUACCAUUAGAUACGGCUUCUGUAGUACCGGCCACUGCAAGGACCUGAGCAGUUGGAUUUGA